AUGGAGGAGGAUAUUAGGGCCUUGGCUGUGAAAUGUAAAGGUCAGUUUACAAGGUUACAUAUCUCUUGUAACCUCCAUCAAUUUGGAGAUAAUACCCAAGGCUGUACCAGUGCAGGUCCUCACUUUAAUCCUCUAUCCAAAAAACACGGUGGGCCAAACGAUCAAGAGAGGCAUGUUGGAGACCUGGGCAACGUGACUGCUGGCAAGGAUGGUGUGGCCACCGUGUCCUUGGAAGAUUCUCUGAUCGCACUCUCAGGAGACCAUUCCAUCAUUGGCCGCACAAUGGUGGUCCACGAGAAACGAGAUGACUUGGGCAAAGGUGGCAAUGAAGAAAGUACACAGACGGGAAACGCCAGGAGUCGUUUGGCUUGUGGUGUCAUUGGGAUCGCCAGGUAAAUAUUCCCUAGGAUGUGAUCUGAGUCCUAGUAGCUCCUAUGUUACCUUGCUAGUUGUAGAAAUUUAACUUGAUAAACAUUAAACACUGUAACCUUAAAAGUGUAA